UUUAAUGUUGCACUUACCAAAAAUAAAAGACUUUACCUUGCUCCUCAAUCAAUUAAACCUAUUAUAAAGAAUCUAAAAUCAAGAACAACAACAAUUGCAGGUCUCGGAAAUGGAGACCCAAUUGGUGCGUUUAUGCUUAGAAGCAGCUUCUGAAAGUAAGGAUGCUGUUGAAAGAUGGCGGAGACAGCGCCGGAGUUUGCAGAGCCUUCCUUCUCCUCUCGCUGACGAUCUCCUUCGCCGCCUCCAUCUCCGCCGCCUCCUUUACCCUUCUUUGCUCGAAGUUUUCAAACUAAGCGUGGAGGUGGUUGAUCUGAGAGGUGACAAUGCUGUGGAUGCAGAGUGGCUGGCCUAUUUGGGCGCAUUUCGUUACUUGCGUUACUUGAAUCUUGCUGAUUGCCAUAGAAUCACCAGUUCUGCGAUUUGGGCUUUAAGUGGGAUUAGUAAUUUGAGAGAAUUGGACCUUUCAAGAUGUGCCAAGUUUAAUGAUGCUGGUAUCAGGCACCUUCUGUCCAUUUCCACAUUAGAAAUACUGCGCUUUUCAGAAACAGGCGUAACUGCUAACGGGGUUGCACUUCUUUCUUCUCUUAGAAAUUUGUCUGUCUUGGAUUUGGGUGGUUUGCCAGUCACAGAUGAUGUAUUGACUUCUCUCCAGGUUUUAACAAAGCUAGAGUAUCUUGACCUCUGGGGAAGUAACAUAUCUAACAAAGGGGUCGAUGUUCUUCGAUUAUUUCCGAAACUGAGUUUUCUCAGCAUUGGCUGGACUAAUGUUACAAGGUUGCCAUCUAUGCCAUCUCUUGAAAGCUUAAACUUGAGCAACUGCACUAUUGAGUCUAUACUUAAAGGUGAUGGUGAUAAAGCUCCUUUAACUAAACUGAUAUUAUCAGGAGCCAAUUUCUCAAACGAGGCUGAAGCUUUUGCGAACGUAGAACCCAGUUUUCUGUCUUUCUUGGAUGUUUCCAAUUCAUCUAUUCAGGGUUUCUACUUCUUACUUGAUAUGAAAAUGUUGAAAUACUUGGAUCUUAGUCGUAGCAUGAUGGGUGAUGAUUCAGUUGAAGCUGUUGCAUUUAUAGGAGCCAACUUGAUAAAUUUAAAUCUCAGCAAAACAAGAGUUACCUCUGCUGGAAUAGCAAUUUUCGCUCAACAUGUUCCGAAGCUUGAAUAUCUAUCACUAUCUCAUGCUCUAAUCGAUGAUUUGGCCCUUUCAUAUAUUGGUUUGAUAUCUUCGCUAAAGGCUGUUGACUUGAGCAAUACAAAAAUCAAAGGUUAUAUUCACCGAGAUGAAGAAACAAAAUUGACUCUUUCGCUGGAAGCACUGCAGGGGCUCAGUAAUUUACAAAGCUUAAAUUUGGAGCAUACACAAAUCUCGGAUGCAGCCCUAGCCCCUGUUUCAAGCUUCCAAAAUUUGAUUCAUUUAUCUCUUAGAAGUGUUUCCCUCACGGAUGGGACAUUGCACCAUUUGUCUUCUCUAUCAUCAAAGCUGACAAAUCUUGUUGUUUGUGAUGCUGUGCUGACAAACUGUGGCCUAGAUUUAUUCAGACCUCCAGUGGCACUGAAGAUGCUAGACCUGAGGGGAUGUUGGCUCUUGACCAAGGAGGUUAUAUCGUCAUUUUGCGCAAAACAUCCUGCAAUUGAAUUAAAGCAUGAAUUGGUUGGCAUGUCGAUGCCAGAUCAAAGUAAUCCUUAUCGUCCAUCUCCGUUGCGCAUGCUUUCCGGACAUUCACAAAUGAGCCGGAAGCAAGGAAAGAUGCCUGUGUCUUCAGCCAUGCCUCUCCAUUUUAUAGAUCAAAGAUUGAAGUAUAGCAGAGAAGAAUUACUUGCAUUACAAUAUAAAUCUGUAUCUCUUGAUCCUCAAGAGAGAGGUCUUGCAAUGCCAGAGAUGCAUUGUGAUGAAGAAAAGGAUUAAUUGCUGACUUGGUUAGUUGCCAAUCCAUACAACUAAUACUAGACACAAAAUGUAUCUUCUCUGUACUUAAUAAUUGUCAAAAUAGAGAAUGUUUUAUCA